GCUGCGUGCAUCCAACCUCAGCCAUGAUCGCGCCCGCUCUGUGCCUGCUCUGGGCCCUGGCAGCGCUGGCCCGCCCGACACCCCCAAUCCCCACGGGCGGCCCGGAGGAGCCAGCCCAGGGUGAGGAGCUGACCCUCCUCUUCCACGGGGCCCUGCAGCUGGGCCAGGCCCUCAACAGCGUCUACAAGUCUACGGACACGCAGCUGACGGAGGCCGGGCGGAACCUGGGGCUCUACGGCCACACACUGCAGCUGCUGCGGGGGGAUGUGAGUCGGGGCUGGGCAGCAGCCCGGGAACUCCGUGCCAGCCUGAAGGAGAUGCAGACCGAGGGGGUCGCCCUGCAGCUACAGGCAGAAGCCACGGCCCAGGAGCUGGCGGAGCUGGCCCAGGCCCAGCGGUCACUUAGGGACAGCGUCCAGCGGCUGGAGGGGAAGCUGCGGGGUGCCUGGCUGGGUCAGGCCCAAUACCAGGAACUUGAGGCCUUGAAGGUGCACGCCGACAAGCAGAGUCACAUGGUGUGGGCCCUGGCCGGCCACUUGCAACGGCAACGGCGACAGAUGGCAGCACAGCAGCGCUCGCUGCGGCAGAUCCAGCAGAGGCUGCCCACAGCGGCGCUGCCAGCCUGAGCUGGCCGGCCAUCCAUGCUGGGAAGAGGAUCUGUGUACACAGCAGGUGGCGCUCAAGCACUUGGCAAGGCCGUGCGCGGCGUGGGGGUGCAGGAAGCUCUCCUGGCACGCCAGGCAGGCGGGCACCCAGCCGGCCAGCAGCAGUGGCUGGGGGUCAG